UUUUGUCGCCAGCCCCUACUCGUCAGUGAUUUGAUUGACGGACGGACAUUGUGAUUUUGCUGAACAAGGACAGGACAAUACUUCAGCGUUUUUCGUUUUAACGACUUUCGGCUCUUAGUGCUUUCGUUGCUGUUAUUUCAAAUUUGUAUAGGCUUAAAUAGACAUAUUUAGUGCUUACAAAUUGUGUGGAAUAGUACUAUGAAAAAUAUGUAUUCGUCUGCACAGAACAACAUUUCGGAUCUACUCAAAUUAGCCAAAAAAUUCAACUGUUUUUAUCUAUCAGGCUUGCAUCAGGGAGUAUGCAAACCGUUUAUUGUUGCCGGAUAUCAAGUGGGCCUGAUUCGUCCUGAUGUUAUGAAGUAUCUAAUUCGAUUUCCAGAGGUGUUCAGGAUCACUGGCAAGUAUGUAGAGCUGAACCCAGCAUUCAGAGAUUAUAAAGAGAGGUCAACAAAGAUAGCUGAUGUGUUGCAGAACUUGAGGAAAGAAAAUGAUAUCUGUGCUCUGAAAGGCUGGAGAGAUGAGUGUUUUGGAGUAACUACGCCGUUACAUCCAGAGAGUUUGUUGGAAAUGGACAGAAGUGCCAUGUGUCUGUUUGGCAUCAGGAGCUAUGGAGUGAGUGUGACUGGCUAUGUCAACCACCCAACAAAAGGCCUCUGCAUUUGGUUACAGCAGAGAAGCUUUACUAAACAAACUUGGCCAGGCAAAUGGGAUUGUUUUGUGAGUGGUGGCCUGGCAGUUGGCUAUGGUAUUCUGGAGACUACAAUAAAGGAAGCUGCUGAGGAAGCCUCUGUUGAAGGAGACCUAGUGAAGAAGUUGGUUCCAGCUGGCUGUGUAAGUUUCUACUUCGAAAGCGAAAGGGGUUUGUUUCCAAACACAGAGUAUGUGUAUGACCUUGAGUUGCCCCUUGACUUCAUGCCCCAGAAUGCUGAUGGUGAAGUGGAGAAUUUUGAGCUGUUGACUGCUGAUGAAUGUAUUCAGAGGGCUUUAACACCUCAAUUUAAGACUACCAGUGCCCCAGUCCUUCUGGACUUCUUGAUACGUAAAGGACACAUUAAUCCGGAGAAUGAGCCUCACUACCGAAAUCUGGUGGAGUUACUCCAUGUUCCCCUGCAGUCAAUUUACAACUGGCCGUGUACUUCAGCAUAUGCCGCAAUGGCCACUAACGGCGAUGGCACUGAAAUACAUCAAGCUAACUAAAUAGGCCAUCUUAAUUAUUGCUUUUUAAAUCUCACUUUUUCUAAUGCUCUUCAUAAAACUUGACUACUCAAACAGGUUUUGUGUAUGAAGUUUCUAGUCUUCCUAUAUUUCAAUGUCGAAGAGAAAUUAUGAUAAAUGCUUAUAUCAUAUUUGGGUUGAUUAAGAUAUUACUGUUUUGUUAUUUGCAUCAAGCAUCAUAAAAUGUUAUUUUCAUCAUCAUCAAUCAGAUUUCAUACCGAGGGUUAGUAGAUUAAAUAAAUAAGUUGUGGUACAGUAAGACAAACUGUUGAGUAUAGGUGCAAAUAUCAUGGUUUUUCUUAGAUAGAGUUGUAAGUAGGUAUAGACGUUUUCCAGUGAUGGCUGCACCAUUACCAGUGUUUAUUGUUUGAUAAAAUUGUAAAUAUUUGUUCUAGCUUAUUAUUAAAAUUAAAUACUUCAAGGCCUAAUCAUACUUCAGGUUAAUUGGCCUCGUAUUCAUAUACUUUGGUAAGCUUUGAGUGGUACCUAAGUCUAUGUAUUAUUAAAACUAUAAUUUUGUUUUAUCUUGGCACUUGUGACUAGUGCAUGCAUUAUCGUAAUAUUUUAGUAUACAUUGACCAAAUCUUGAUGUGUUUCGUAAUGUGUGUUAUUGAAGACAUCAUAGUUUAGCUAGGUAUGGUUAAUUUCUGUGAUACUUUACCGAUUCGGUAUAAGGCAAUAUUAUAUUAUCAGUUUAGUUUUUCGGCUGUCAUAAUGAGACCAACGUAGGCACGUGUAGAUGGAACAUUAGCAAGUUCAGUGUUCUCAAGGCUGGCUCAUUAAAUGUCAGAUAGUUACGUAUUAUUUGUGACAUUUUUACGUAGAUUAAAUAUUUAAAUGUAAACAUGAAUAAUAUAAUGUCGAAAGUAACAAACUACCUAUUAAUGUAAUAUUUAUUAAUCAUAUAAAUUAUAGCAUGUUUGUUGUCUAGGUGCUACUCGCAGAUGUAGUACGAUAAAUUUAUAUUCGUUUAUCUAGUCAUUCUACGUCAGAUAUGGCGAAUAUUUAAAAUUUAUAAUAAUACGUACAUUAGUGCCUGUUUGAAAAUGUUUUCUUUUUUAUUAUCGAUUAAACUACACUUAUCGUUUGUGUUAAUUCGCCGUGUAAAAUAGCUAUCGAGAUAUUUUUGAUUGUAGGAGGUAUUUUUAGUGUUAAUAUGUUUGUUUUAAUUAAUAUUUGAAGUGAUAGUACUUAUUUUGUUUUUCACAUAAUAUUAUAUCAUGAGAUUUGUGUUAGUUCAAAGAUUACAUUUUAUAAUAAUGCUAUAAUUUACAUGACAGAUAAAACUGAUCACACAUGUGACAGGCAAAUGCCCUAAUUAGUGUCCACAAGUUCAACAGGACAACAUGAUGGUAUGAACAGUAACGCAGUCAUGCAUAGUCACCCAUGAUAUCUAUCUAGAGAUAUGAUAUACAUGUAUCUUGGUAGAGACUUCAAAAUAAACAGCUGUUACAAUACUUAUGACGCAACAUCCCAUCUCUGGUCUCACAAUGGGUUGCAAAGUGGGAUGCCAUAUAAAUAAUUUGAUACAAACUGUUUACUAGCAGUUGAGUUGGUCUCCAGUAACCAAUUGAUUGGGCAACUAACUUGAUUUGAUACAAUAUGAGAAUUGAGAUUCAGGUCAUCCCAAUUCUCACGUUGUAUUCAUUUUGUGGGUUGCGCAACCUGGUCAUAUGAUCAUGGUGUCGUAAUGAAAAAGGAAUAUUUCUGAAACGAUUAGGGAUCACAAAACAUUCGUCUUUAUUAUUUAUUCAUUAUCAUUAUGUAUUAGUGUGGCGAAAGUACUCCCAAUUUUUAAAUGAUAGUAGUUAAAUUUAUAAUUUUAAUCCUUCCCAAUUACUUGUAAUAAUGAAUUGAAGAAUUGCACUAAUGAGAUUAUGUAUUACUGGCACGUACCUAAUUAGUAAACGAUUAAGAGGCCUUUCAAGUGUUUGCAUGACAUUUGAAAAUAAUGUAGACAGAUUAGAAGAGACUGAACAUUGAUUUCUUAUUUGUCAUUUUUACUGAAGUACUUUACAGCAGGACUCGUUUAGAGGUAUUAAGUAUUCGCAAAUGUUAGAAAGGAGUAGAUGUUUGUAGAGUUAGACAAGUAAAUUGGGUAAAUGCUAGUGAUUGAUGUUCAGUUUUCAUUACAUUUUAUACAUUUUUAUAAAUCCGCUAUUGGCGAAAGAUUUUGUAUUGAUAUUAUGUAAUACAUACUUAAAUUAUGAAUGUAAUCGUUUAUAUUUGCGAUAGUAAUUAGCGUUUUCCUAAAAAUAAAGUUUUAAAACAUA